AUGGCAGGUACAAGAAGCAAACACAGCAUUAACUGGUGGCACGGUGUGUUUGUCUGCUUCAACGCGAGACCAGUGUGUCGAACGCCAGCUGCCAAGCGUUGGGUGCAGCUUGCAGCCAACUCAGCAACGCCGCUGUUUGGCAGGUUGCCAGGUCCCUUUCUUGUUGCACUUUACAAGUCCUUGGAGGAGACGGCCCAGCCGACUCGGAUGGCUCUUUACGUUGCAGCAAUUGAGCCCGGCACGUUUGCAGAUGGCCCAACGGCUGUGGCAAAGGUUGAGAUGGCAGGUUGCCUUUGCGCAGCAUCUCAGUUGCCCAAAGCCAACCUUUUGGCCUUUUGGUUUCCCCAGUUGGCGUUUUGGUCCAUUUUAGUAAAGAUGUCAAAGGUGAACCUUUUAUUUGGGCAACUGAGGCAUUGA